AUGCCGAGUCAAGGCAAACGGCCAGAUAGUCUGAUAUUGCCGCCGAGUAGGGAGCAGAUGGGCCGGGCUUCAUGGAAAGUGCUGCAUGCAGCGGCAGCACAAUUCCCAGAUAAACCUAGCAAAUUGGUCCAAAGAACGAUGCUGAGCUGGCUAUUGGGUUUCACGCUCUUCUACCCCUGCCAUGUAUGCAGAGACGCCUUCAUCCCAAUUAUUCAGUUUAAUCCUCCGUCAAUUGCAUCCCAGAAGGAUUUUGUGUUAUGGGUGUGCCGUGUCCAUAACGCGGUCAAUGAAGACCUCUCGCUGCCAAUUUAUGAUUGCACUGACCGCCGACUGUUUGAACAGCAGUCUAGGGGGUAG